UAAAGAAACAAAAGACCCCUCCCCACGCUAGACAACGAGAUGAGAUUCUUAGUUGCCCUCUCAUCUCCGACAAAGCUUUAAUCAAACACAUCCCAAGCAAGGCACGCAGGAUGCUGUGCUCACUGCGAGUAAUAACUACCCGCAGUAGGAGCUAACGCCGUGCAUACAGCCCCCGCACCCUUCCCCUGGGAGCCCACCCCACAGACAGCAGCACCCAGGCACACAGCCGAAGCAACGUGAAAGCCAAUUCCAGAGCAACAGUUUGGGGAGUGAAAGGAAGAACAUCAGGUGUUCGCUGUGCUGGAAAAUAGGAAAUCUUCCCAUUGUAGCCUUCAGUGCAAACACUGUUACAACUUUUGAGCUGGGGAAUAGAUCCUUCAUGAUCCUUCCACCUUUCAGCAGCAACAGGCGAUAAUACCCCUUGUCCUCACAGCUCUCUGCAUCACUUUACAGCACAAUUUGCAAUAAAGGAGGAAAGUCCAUCAGCUUUUUCCCUCCCUGGGAUGCACUGUGUGCGAGGGACACCCACACCACCCACUCUGAAAGCAGCAGCUCUAAAGACAACAGCCAGGUAACGCACACACAAGAUCCCCAGUACAGAUUUUGCUUAGAAAGGUUGGUUCAGCCUGCCAGCCUCUUUUCUGGGAAUUAAUGUGGAAACAAAGUGCCACCCAGUAAGAAGAACCACUGAUGCUGCCAGAACUGUGUCAGCUCCUUCGCUUCCCUCCAUCUCCCAGCAGUGAUGAGGCUCCCUCUCGUCUCCAUCCAGAGAACGUUUCUCAAAGGGUUGGAAAUAAAACCUGCCAUUACACCAGCGAGGCAACAGGAGAUGCUCUCUGAGAAGCACACAGUGCAUCACAAUGGCAGAGUGCAGGGAGGAGGACCAGACUCAUGAGAAGCUCUGCUCCUCCAGUGGAUGCCUGUACCCAAAUUUACCCCAGGACCCCUCCAAGCAGCCUCACAGCCAGCAGGUGAUGUUUCCAAGGUGACAGUCUCACCUGCAGAUCAGUCACACCUGCAGUAGUGCUGUGCAUCCCAUCCAGACCUGCUCACACGUGCUAAGUUCAGAUCUGGGCAAGUUUCUGCCAACCUCAUAUUCCUCCCCUAAGAAAUCAUAUUUUUUCCCUCCAGAGAAUCUCUCUCUGUGAACAGUAGAUUUAGCAUUUCAAUCUCCCCAAUCUUUUUUUUAUUUAUUGUUUGGUGUAUUCUCCUUGACAAAGAGAACAGUGAUUCCUAAACUAGUGCCUUUCCACUGCAGACCUAUCAAAGCCAGCUUUCCCUAUGACAACUCACAAACCGUGCCACUUUCCCCCCCACAAAAAGCAAGAGGGUAGCUUUGGAGGGGUUUAUUUUCUGACAAAAUAACAUUCUUAUAAUUCCCACCGAUGUUCCUCAGGCAAUCUUCACUUUGUUUCACUUUUCUGAGGCCUAGUAACCGUUCAGAUUUUGGUAGAGAUACAGAAAAUACCAUCAGGAGUCGUGCUCCAGGCCAGAAAACAAAUGAGUAUCUGCUGAAAAGUCAGUUCUACCCAUGGCCUUCAAGGAGUUACUUUGAAGUGUUUGAUUCCCACCCCGUUACCAGUGCACAGGAAUCUUGCCAGAAAAGGACAAACAUUCCCAGAAAAGGAGCAAAAUCAAACACAGCUCUUAACUGCAUGGCUCCUUCCAGCAUGUUCACCCACUUGGUGCUACACACCAGAGCGCUGAUGGAUGGAUGCCUCUCUCCUGCUAUUAAAUCAAAGGUCAGGCAGCCUCCAGCCGGGUGCUGCAUUUAAAAGACUAAAGGAGAAUGAGGAUGACCUUUGGUUUCCUUCCUACAUUCACAUGAAAAUAGAAGCAAUCGUAUGGUGUUGCUGUCUUCAUUAUUUAACCUGGGAUGCGUUUCUUCGCACCGCUCCUGCACCUCCCCACGCACAUCCCUGCAUUUCCAAAAGCUGGACCAGGAGCUCAGCUGGAAGCAGCAGCGCUCUGGCAAGGUUUGGCUGUUUAUUUGUUCAUUACCAGCUCUGUAAUGUUGUGUGCCCUCCUCCCACUCCCUCCCCCUCCACACAUCUGUGCAUCUUCCCUUGUUAAAAACAGCCAGUGCUCCCUACUGGGAUAUUCCAGCUCCCCCCUUCCGCCACUUCACACAUCCCCUGCUCAAACAGCCACAGCCUGACAGCCCUGGGUGCUGCCUGUGCACCUCAUUCCUGAAGAGAGCAGCCCUGCUGCACCAGCUGCUCACCAGCAUCUGCCUGAUUUCCCAUUUAAAUAGCCCAGCACAGACAGAACUUUUCUCCCCAGCCCCCCACCCCCAGUGGGAAGGAGUGCUAAUUGCUCAGCUGUGCCAUGCACACACAGCCACCAUGUUGCUAUGAUCGCAAAGAUGGGUAACGUCAGCAUCCCAGGGACCCUCCUCCAGCUGGGAUCGGCGAGCCAAGGCUGAGCUACGCGGAGCAGCAGUGCCGGAGGAGCAGCAGAGCUGCACACCAGAGCACCCUGGGAGAGGAGAAUAGCUGUGUCAUAAAUGUUAAUGUAUGUGCAAUCUCAGCUGCUGAAACGAGCUUGAAGUCCCCAGUCUAAAGAAAGGCACUAAUUAAAUACAGCAAUGCUCCUGCUCUGAUAUGAAAAAGCAAGCGCUGUGCAAGUGAGACAGCCAUCCCCCACGUCCUCCAAGGGAGGAGGAAAGCUGCCCAGGCACAAAGCUUCCUCUGCCUACCUUGUUGCUGCCGGCCCUGAGGACUCUCACUGCAGACGGCUGAACUGGAGCCACGGGACCUCUCCAGCAGAGAAAACCUGCGGCUCACCAGGAUGCUCUGAGAGCUGUUCCACUUGCACAGAGGGAUACAGUUCUCAUUUCCUUCGUUCAUGAAGCCUUGGACAUCAGAGGGCAGCCUGUGACCAGCAGGCAUGGGGAACAGCUCCCUGUGGGACAGUUUGAACAGCACCUGCAGCAACGCAGCCAACAGCUCCUACCUGGACAGCAACAUGACAUUCAACUUCACCUUCCAGGAGCUAUCAGCUGAUUUCUAUGUUGUCCUCCCUGUGAUCUACUCUAUGAUCUGUGCUGUUGGGCUCACAGGCAACACAGCUGUCAUCUACGUGAUCCUCAAGGCUCCCAAGAUGAAGACUGUGACAAACAUGUUCAUCUUGAACCUUGCCAUAGCUGAUGACUUGUUCACACUUGUCUUGCCCAUUAAUAUUGCUGAACACCUCCUCCACUACUGGCCCUUUGGAGGAGUCCUCUGCAAGGUCAUCUUGUCCAUCGACCACUACAACAUCUUCUCCAGCAUUUAUUUCUUAACAGUGAUGAGCAUAGACAGGUACCUGGUAGUAUUGGCCACAGUAAGGUCCAAGAGGAUGCCACAUCGUACAUACCGAGCAGCCAGGAUUGUCAGCUUGUGCAUCUGGAUCCUAGUCACCAUCAUAGUUCUCCCUUUCAUCAUCUUUGCCAAUGUAUACGUAGAUGACCUGAAGAUCAAGAGUUGUGGUCUAAAUUUCCCCAAGCCUGAAAGGUUUUGGUUCAAAGCCAGCAGGAUCUAUACCCUCAUCCUUGGCUUUGCCAUUCCAGUGUCCACUAUCUGCAUCCUCUACACCAUGAUGCUCUACAAGCUGAGGAACAUGCACUUGAACUCUAAUGCCAGAGCUCUGGACAAAGCCAAGAGGAAAGUCACCGUCAUGGUCUUCAUUGUCCUGGCCGUGUGUCUCUUCUGCUGGACCCCCUUCCACCUGGCCACCAUCGUGGCUUUGACCACUGACUUGCCCCAGACUUCCAUAGUCAUUGGUAUCUCCUACUUCAUCACCAGUCUAAGCUAUGCCAAUUCAUGCUUGAAUCCUUUCUUGUAUGCUUUCCUGGAUGACAGCUUUCGGAAAAGUUUCCGGAAGAUGCUGGAAUGCAGAACUUCUUGAAGAGUGCUCCGUGGGGCUUGCAGCUCCCUUCCCUCCCAUGGCUUUGCAGGGGAAACUUUGCAGACUUCAGGGGGUGGCUAACAAAUGCACAAGUGUUCUCUUUAGUUUGUAUAUAAUGUAUGUUUAUCAUUAUCAUUCGCAGUUUGUCCAGCAUUUUCCAUCUCUGCAUCCCCAAACUUCACAAAGCUGUGUUUCUACGUUCUCAUUUUUAAUUGCACCCCAACGCGGUGAGGACAGAAAACUUCUUUUUCGAAGGUUUGCUUCUGCUACACAGCGGUCCUUUAUUGCCAUCUGCUGUACAGCACGGUGAAGCUGGAGACCAGCUUUCAGAUUAAGGGACGGUUCAGCUUCACACAGCAGGGCUAACAUUCACUUGGUGACAUACCAGCAACAUAGAGGAUGCAAGAUGAGUCUUUGGAAAGAGAAAUUAACCAUUUUCAUGUCCAAGUGUGCACACGUGUCACAGCUUUGUUUUUGUUUGAGGGAUGUCAGCUCCACCCCGACCCCAGUUUCCUUCUUUCUUGAGCUGUUAGCAGAAGUUACAUUUAAACCAAAAGAAAAAGCCGUGUCUUAAAAGAAGUGCUGUUCAAUAACACACCUUAA